CAAUAUUCACUCGCGUUUACAGUUUGACUGAAGUGUGAACUAAUGGAUCAAAUCAGUGAUCUUCCCGUUCACCACAAGAUUAAUCAAUUGGUUAAAGACCUAAAACUCGGGCAAACCAAUGGCUCGUAUGAAUCGGCGAAGAAGACUGUUGUCAUUAUCCAAGAAGUUAUCGAUCAGUUCCAGUGGACUAAUGCCAGCGAACUUAUCAGUCAGUUGAAGAAGAUCGCCGAAGAGGUGAUUACCGCUGAACCCACGGAAACAGUGACCGGAAAUAUGUUUAAAAGAGUUCUGAAGAUAAUAAGAGACGAAUACUUGAACGCAAAGGGCGUCCACAACGAGGGGGACAUCGAAGAGUCGCUGCAGAAGAUGAUGACCACCGAUGAGGACAAUACUCCGACUUAUGAUAUAAAAUAUGAUAAUUUAAAAGAAGCCAUAAAUGACUCAAUCAGUGAAUUGAUGUCUGAGUUGGAAACAAGUGGUUUGAAUAUCGCUGAGCAGUCACUCGAACACAUCUAUCCGGACGAAGUGAUUAUGACGUGCGGCAAGUCUAAGACCGUCGAAGCCUUUCUGAAAUACGCGGCCAAAAAGAAGCGACGCUUCCAAGUGGUGAUCGCCGAAUGCGCGCCGUUUUAUAAUGGUCACGAAUUGGCCGCCAGUCUGUCCAAUGAGAAGAUCAAUACGACAAUAAUCCCCGAUUCGGCCAUUUUUGCCAUUAUGUCCAGAGUUAGCAAAGUUAUCAUUGGAACUCAUUCUGUGAUGGCUAAUGGAGGUUUGAAAGCCGUGAGCGGCGCCUAUACUUUAGCAUUGGCUGCCAAACAUUAUUCAGUUCCGUUGAUAGUGUGCACCGGUAUGUUUAAGUUGACGCCUCAAUACCUCGUAAGUCACGAUCAGUUGGCGUUCAAUAAGUUCUCGUCUCCACAACAAGUGAUGUCAUAUGAAGAGUCAGAUAUGGCCACAGAGUGUCACGUCGUUAACCCUGUCUUCGAUUACGUUCCGCCAGAAUUGGUCACUGUUUUCGUGUCCAAUAUAUCCACGGAUUCAGUGAGAUCUCAAAGUUUACCACAAUUUUCAAACCAUUCAAUUGAUGGCAAUAAGUCAGUGUCCGGUCAUUCAGACGAUGAGGACGAGGAAGACGAGAGUCAGAGUCCGGACAAAAUGAAGACAAUGUUCCUCUCGCUCUGGAAUAACGUUAAAUUCGGUUUCGCCACAAAACUCAAGACUCGUUUCAGUUACGAGUCACCGGUUUGUCUUUUGGGACAGUUUUACCACAAGAAGUUGACGGACAAUAACAGCAGUCGUGAUGACAAUCAGUCCAAGAGUUCGGCGAUCGAUAUGUUUAGACAUGACUUUUACUCGCGAAUUUGGUUCACAUAUCGGCGACAGUUCCCGAAGUUAGACAACUCUAGUCUGACGACAGACACGGGUUGGGGAUGUAUGUUGAGGUCCGGACAAAUGGUUUUGGCGCAGGGAUUGCUCACUCACUAUCUCGGCCGCCACUGGCGGUGGAAGGGCUCGCAGUCAGACAAAGAGGAUAUGAUUCACAGAAUGAUUGUCAAGUGGUUUGCCGACGAUCCCAAUCCCAGUUGCAGUCCUUUCUCUGUCCACCAAUUGGUCCGAUUUGGCGAACAAAUGGGCAAAAGAGCCGGUGAUUGGUACGGACCCGCAUCUGUCGCACACCUACUUAAGACAGCUUUAAGUAAAGCCGCCGAAACUAAUCCUAUUUUGAGUAAUAUAUGCUGUUAUGUGGCUCAGGACUGCACGGGUAUGUCAUUAGACUGUGCCCUCGCCUUCUACUGCAGAACACAAUCGGAUUUCUUUGAGUUCGUCCAUGAAAUGAAAGAACAUCUCAUUCCUCCCAAUCAGACCGCAGACUAUCCCAUAUUCAUCUUCAAUGAUGGCAAUCAUUCGCCCGACACUAACAGCUUAACCAAAGAUGACAAUAAAGCCGAUAGACUUCUCAAAGUCAAACACCGUUUCCUCAAUUCUGACGGAAAAGUUGAGAAAGAG